AUGGGAUCGGUUUUGUUUGGAGGUCGUCCUGAGGUUCCUGCUUUCACUGCUGCAAUUGAGCAACAUCAGAAGCGAAACACCGAUACUAUCCUCGAUCACGCUCGUCAAAUUUGUGCUGAUAAAUCUGUGGAUGUGAAAAUCCAAGUGAUUGUUGGGGAUCCUAAGUAUAAGAUCUGCGAGGAUGCAGAGAAUUUGCAUCAACUCAAAGCAGGGGAGCCUUUGUAUGUGCUUUUGUGUUGUUGGGUUGCUGCAGUAGGUGCAAGGCUUCUGAAAUCUAAAGAGAUUCUUGAAGGUGUUACUAAGAUUUCUUUAGAGAACUAUGCUAUUGAUAUUGGUUUGCAAUCUUGA